GCACACCCACUCGCUCUUCGCCGUCCCUCCUCCCGCCGCUCCGCAGCACAGGGCUCGUGCGGCUCCUGGGGAAGGAGCUGCUUCGCCUUUCCUUCUUUUUUUAAUUAUAUAUAUAUAUAUAAUUUUUUUUCCUCUCUCUCUUUUCCAUCCUUUCCCCUCCGGAGCGGACCCUCCCGCAGCAUCACCAGCGGGGAGGAUGGCCGGGGGGCGCCUCCCGGGGAUGCUGCUCCUCUUGCACGCCGCGGCUCGCCUGGCCGCCGAGCAGGAGGUGGAAAACCUCUCCGGACUCUCUCCUAACCCCGAAAAGGACAUUUUCGUGGUGCGGGAGAACAGGACGACGUGCCUGAUGGCGGAAUUCGCCGCCAAGUUCGUCGUCCCCUACGACGUGUGGGCGAGCAACUACGUGGAUCUGAUCACGGAGCAAGCCGAUAUCCCGCUGUCGCGGGGCGCCGAGAUGAAGGGCAAGUGCGGCACCAACGAGUCGGAGCUGGAGAUCUCCUGGCUGGAGCAAGCCUACACCCUCAAACUCUUCUUCCUGAAGGAGGGGCACAACACGUCCCGGGGGCAGGAGGCUUUCUGGAGGCUCAGCCGCAUCCAGUUCACCUACGACACCUCCGAACGCACCUACUUCAAGGACGCCGUCAGCCCCGGGAAGCACACGGCCAAUUCGCACCGGCUUUCUGCCCUCGUCACCCCGGCUGGGAAGUCCUAUGAGUGCCAGGCACAGCAGACCAUCUCCCUCAUCUCCAGUGACCACCAGAAGUCUGUGCAGCUCUUGCUGUCGGAAGUGCGCAUCCAGCCCUUUGACAUCACCGCAGAUUUUGUCUUCAGUGAAGAACACAAGUGCCCGGUGGACCAGAGGGAGCAGUUAGAAGAAACCCUGCCUCUGAUUUUGGGCCUGAUACUGGGGUUGGUCAUCGUGAUAACCCUCUGCGUUUACCAUAUCCACCACAAGCUGACAGCCAACCAAGUGCAGAUUCCUCGGGACAGAUCUCAGUACAAACACAUGGGAUAGGGGACAGGACUGAAGGGCCCAAAUAUUUAUCAGGUAGAAAAAGCAAAAGCACUUUUUUCUAAGGAUGAGGAAAGGUUAGGUGGGGCGAGAGACGGUAUUCACAACACCUAAUUGUAUUUCCUGGAGACACCCAAGUUGAGGUUAGGCUUUAGUCUAGUCAGUGCAAAGACGUAGCCGUCUCUGUAAGAAGAGUUGGAGCAUCUGAUUUUAGGGGGGUGUUUUUGGCAGUAGGUGAUGUGAAUACCUUCUUAAGCAGCUGGGCUGAUCAUCUGGAAACAGAAAUGCUUCACAUGUCAAAGUUUAACACUGGGGGCAAAAUUUGCUAUUUUUCUUUUUGGAAUUGUUCCUUCCUCCCCCCCAAAAAGGGACUCGUACCUCCCCAGUGUGCUGCUCUUAGCAGCGUUCAGCCCUCUCUGUUCACAUCUAUGAAGGGAGCAGGGCGAGGGGACAGAGCCAUCGAACAGACUGCAGUAAGGUCCUAUAACUAAAGGACUCCAACCACAUUCCUGCAGUUUGCAUUUAUGUUAAGGGAAGCACGAAGGCAACAACAACUGUGUUUUGAGAAAAAAAAAACAAACCAAAAGAACAGAACCUCAAGCUGGUGUAAACUGGAGCAACUCCAGUACAACAGAUAACAGCCAGCUGAGAAGCUGACCUUGUGCUUGAGGCUGAGCGAAGAAACUUUUGGUUUUGCUUCUUGAGCCACAUUUAAACUAAAGCUUAAAAAUAAAUAAAUAAAAAGGGUAUUGAUACGCAAAUGUUCAAGUGCCAUGCUACUGCAAGUCAACUGAGAAAUGCUUCUGGCUGGACAUCCUGCACGUAUUGUGAUUGUCGUUGAGAUGUUACAUUGCUACCUGCAACCGAUGUUUUCACAGUGAAACAAAAAAAAAAAGAAGAGAACAGACAUGUUAAGUUACUAUGCAGAUUAUUCAGGUAUAAUCUAAUGUAAUAGAAAAACCGUAAGGGAACCCUUGAACUCUAUCCUUAAAUGUAGACCAUUUUUAAAAUUAAUU